AUGCAGCAGCAGCUCCCCACGGUAUGUGAUGCCAAACAUGGAUGGUGCCCUCUGCCUCGUGUGAACCAACAAAGCAAGGCCGACGGCACCGCAGUUGCCGCCGCUGCGUGCCACGGCGCCUUUGAACCCAGCGUGUGGGGCGACUUCUUUGUGACCUACACCUCCCCGUCGUUCUCACAGGAGGAGUCUGAGGAGCAGAUGGGAGAGAGGGCAAACUUUCUCAAGGGAGAAGUGCGCAAGAAGUUUGAGGCUGCGGCCAUGAGCGCCAUCGACGCGGCGAUGCUGGUGGACGCAGUUGUACACCUCGGCAUAGAUCACUGUUUCCGUGAGGAGAUCGCCACAGCUUUAAGAUCUGUCCACGAAGACGAAGAGGGGGAGUUUGGCAGCUGUGACGACCUCCAUACUGUCGCUGUUCGGUUCCUCGUACUCAGGCAACAUGGCCUCUGGGUGUCCGCAGAUGUGUUCGACAAGUUCCGGGAUGAUAAGGGUAGUUUCAGCAAGAGUCUACUAUGCAGCAACCCGAGGGGGCUCCUGAGUUUGUAUAACGCAGCCCACAUGGCGGUGACCCCUGAAGAGAAGGUCCUUGAUGACGCCAUCGCCUUUGCUAGGAGCCACCUUGUUGAGGCCAUGAUUGGUGAGCUCAGGUCGCCGAUGGUGGAGCAGGUGUCUCGCAGCUUUGACAUCCCUCUUCCCCGCUUCUCACGGCGACUAGAGAGCAUGCACUACAUUGCUGAGUACGGGCAGGAGGAGGAGGGACAUGAUGCUCAGAUCCUCGAGCUCGCCAGGCUAGAAUUUGAGCUGGUUAGGUCGCUCCAUCUCAGAGAGCUUAGAGAAAUCUGCAGGUAAAACAAGAAGGACGUAGCCAACGCGCACGAGUGUGAGUAUGGCGCCACAGGAGAGGAGGCCUUUGCGUUCAUCGCCAACAUGACAGAGAAUGCAUGGAGGAAGAUCAACCAGGCGUGCAUGGAGAUGGACCCCGCCAUGCUGCCGGCGUUCAAGGUUGCCGUGGUCGACCUGUCAAGAUCCAUAGAGAUCAUAUACCUCGGGGGCAAGAGGGACGCCUACACCUUCGGCAGCAACCUCAAGGACCUCGUUACCUCCCUGUUCCUCAAGCCGUGUGCCUGACAAGAUCCACGACCUGCUUUGGCGUUCAAGCUACGAUACGUACUGUGUAAAAGUAAAACACUGCUGCCACACCAUAUAUUUUGUGCGAACGACUGUAAUAAUCUGAAUGUGCCAUGCGAGGCUAUAUGCAAUAGACAUAUUUCAGUCACGG